UUAUCCAAUCGUCUGGGCACAUAGAGCGAUUUUAAUUUUGCAUUUUCGAAUUUAGUCAAAUUUACAAACUUUUUACAAAGUAAAUGAUAGUAUUGCUUAGUAGAAAACCAUAAUAUUUUGUUCAGCCCUCAAAAAAAUACAUUUUCUUUAAGGCCCUCUUAAAGCUAGGAUCAGCCUCCAUAAUUUCAGAGUGCGGGAAGUCGCAUGCAAGAAAAACGCUACGGAAAGAUGGACAAAUACCUGUUAACAAUAAUGGUGACCUUUGAACAAGAAUAUGCUAUACAGAAAUUGUUUGGUCGUCAUGGAUGGGAAUAUUCCAAAAUAACUGAUGAAAUAUCAUUGAAGGACUUCAAAUCAGGUGAAAAAUCAUCACCGGAAAUCCAGCCUGAACUGAACCAGCAGUCCUGUGUUAAAAAGACAGUUGCAUCAGACAGCUCGAAGAUUGUCACAUCUAAUGAUGAUAAAGACUCAAGUAACACACCUAGACAUGAGACAGCAAUACCUGCUGUGAAAUUUUCCAUGCAAAAUGAUGUAAACAAUAUGUUGGAUAACAGCAUUAAUUCAGAAGCUGAUGCUUAUCAUAAUGAUGAAGGUGAUGGUGAUGAUGACUAUGGCGGUGAUACAGAUACUGAACAAACUUUAAUGAGUCUCGGUAUUGUUGUAAAAGAAGAACUUGAAAGUGGUGAUGAUGAUGAUAAAGCAUCUGAACAUGAUGUAGACAGUAUUAACAAGAGAUCAAGUAAUGUAAAACCCUCAGGAAAAGGUAAAAGAUCAGCACAAAGUAAGGCAGAAACUAGGAACAAGAAGAAAAGAAAACAGGCAACUUCUACAGUACCUAGUGCAGAAGUUGAAGAUAAUGUAGAUAAAGGUGAAAGUGAAGUUAAACUUGAAGGAUUAUCUGCAGAAGAUCAGGGGACAGAUGAUCCUUUAGCUGUUCUGGAAACAUUACCAGACAUUGAACAUGUGUCAAAGGUUGUCUCAUCAAAUACACAUGAUGUUGAAACAUUCCUGACGGGUCCAGACGAUGUAGAUGAGUCAGGCUAUAGUGUCUCACUGUCUCUAUACUUCUGUAGAGACUGUCAGUAUACUUUUCCUGAGGAAAAAUACUAUACCUUACAUAAACGAUCUGGAAAAUGUGUGUUUCAGUGCCAGUUUUGUGAUAAGAAGUACACCUUCAAGAAUUUCAGCCAGUACCAGGAGCACCUGAAACAGCACAGGGUGUCACUUAAACGCAAAAGAAAUGAUUUGUCUUUGUCAGACAGAAUUGAAGUUUUAAAAUUGCUAGAACAAAAACUCUCACAAGUCGAAAUUGCCAAAAAGUUGGGCUGUUCGCAAGCACAGGUGUCACGCAUAUCUGCAGACAGGGAUAAAAUUAAAGCCAAAAUCAAAUCAACCAGUGAACCAGAAAGAAAAAGGCAACGUUUUGGGAAAGCUGUUGAUGUGGAGCAAGCUUUAUCUACCUGGUUUACUGAGGCAAAGACCCAAGACCUUCCUAUUUCAGGCCCAAUUCUGGAGAAGAAGGCCACAGAGCUGGCAAAGCAGUUGAACAAAAAGGACUUUAAGCCCUCAAGUGGGUGGCUUUCACGAUGGAAAAAACGCAAUUCAAUAGUGUAUAAGCGCAGACAAGGUGAACAGAAAGGAUGGACAUACCAGCAGCAGAUAAACUAAGGAAAACAUUCUGCGUAGUGAUGGGAAUUGGUCCCAAUGAUCCUAAUUGAUUGAUCCCUAGAAAGUUGGGUUUUGCUAACAGUUUGUUUUCAAGCAACAUUCUGAACACCAUAACUUAAGAGGUGCACAUUUCAAGCUUGUUCUGUCUUGUAGGCAAAACAUUUCGAAUGGCCAGAUUGUUUUUCUGUGUAAUUUUACAAAGAUAUGUAGACAAAUUGUCCCAUGAAUUCUGUCAAAUUUGGACAAAACUUGUCUGUAGCAAAUUACAACUGGUAUAACUUCUUAUUAAUGGUUAACUUUCGUAGAGAAUGGCGGCUUUGAAGUAUGUUCUACUUAGAUAUGUUUUGACACAAUUUUUUAAGUUUUUUCUUUUCAGUCAAUCAUGUGAUUUAUUUGCAAUGUUGUAAAAUAUAAUUUUCUAUUUAUUCUGCCCUCACCCUGAAAUAUUGUUUUUAUGCUUCUCAAGGAUUUUUCAAAUACAUUUUGACUUAAACAUCUUUAUAUUUUUAUCAGGGGUGUAAAAUUCCACUCGCCCGCUCGCAUUGGCGAGUUAAAGUCUGGAUAGGACGAGUGGAUCUCGCUGUAUACUCGACCGUUCGGGCGAGUGGUUUUUACGUCGUAGCUUUAAUGAAAUUCAGAAAUUACAUCUUGAAAAACGUCAACAAACUUUGAGAUAGUUCAGUUGCUACUUUGAUUGACUGGAAUUUACCCGCGAAUCAUAAAGAUAUCAAAACGUCAUGCCGGUAAUUUUCCAUUCCGAGAGCACGUGCGACCUAUCGUAAUAUCAAAUUUACAUCUCCGUUACUUUUGUUUGUCGACACGUACACAAAAAAACUCGCGUAGUGCAUUCAUUUUUUUAACAUUAUCGCUUCAGUUUUUCAACAUCACUUGAGAAGUAAUACAAUUUGAAUUCUACUAAGAUUUCAAUAAAAUAUCGACGGAAAUGUAAGCAAAUUUGUAUGAAAACGGUCGAAUUUUCAUAUAAUCAUUUGUUAAUUUCAAACAGCGCGAUCUUAAUUACUGAUUUCUUUCUAAGAGAAAAUAAGUGAUACAUACUAUGGGUAUAAAAUUCGGACUUUUGACCAGAAAGAACAAAAAACAGAAUUAAAAAAUCUUAAAUAAUGAAGAAGCGGCAGUAAUUUAAAUACAUUGAGUAAAACGAUUUUUUUGGUAAAAAGGUUUCUGUUAGUGCGGCGGAAUAGGGUACGUGACCUCAUGGACAUAAAUAGAAAUGUGGUUUUAAAAUAAAACAAAAUGAUGUUGUUGCAGUUUUUAGUAAGUUUUAAAUGAAUCUUUGUACAUGUAUUUUUUUUUAUAAAAUAUUCUUCUCAAACGAUAAUGUAAAUACCUUGAGGGCAAAUAGGUCACAUGGCGUGAAAACUGUAAUAUGACGUAAUGCCAUGACAAUCUCGUGCAACAAUACCGCUUUGAUCUCCACUUCAGAUGUCAUGAUACCGCUCUUUGAGCUCUUUGAGAGGAUGUUAAUUUAUGAUGAAAACAGGCCAUACUUAGUUUAUCAACAGAAUAAUUACCGAUGAUCGUCAACUUUUUUUUUUCGCUUUCAAGACGGGUAGAUGGAUGAUGAUUAUUGUGUCCAUAUUUUUAGGACACUUUUUAAAAUAAUUAUUUUUCGGGAAAUAAGUCUUGAGAAAAUGAAAAUAACUGAUGUUUAAUACUUUCCUGACACUUUGGGAAACUACGGUUAGGGCUAGUCUGUGAUUAUUUUUACUAUCGAUGCAGUUAUUAUGGAAAGCAACUUGAUGGUGGAGAUGACAAAAUUAGUGAAAGAAAAAUGUCUGGUGUGAAAAGGAAAUUUAAGAGUAACAAAAAUAAAUAAUCAAAAAGGAAAUGCAGUGUAUGAGCUAUGUGUUAUGUUUGAAAUUUGCUUGUUGUACAUAAUACUUCUUCCAUAAAACGUGACAGUAUUAAAAAUGUCAAUUAUUAGGGCGAGCGACUGUCCCCUAAGGGCGAGUAGAUUUUACUAGCUACUAGUCCUGCAGGGCGAGUGGUGUGAAAAAGAAUUUUACACCCCUGUUUUAAUGUACUGUGAAAUCAUUUGAUUUCGUGGGCCUGAAAUUUCGUGGUUUUGGUCAAAACAGCAAUUUCGUGUGGAUAUGAAAUCAUGGGUUUCAACUUUUGAACAUAAAAUAAAUGGGAAUUUUUCUUGUUCGUUGGGAUUAAAUUUUGUGAAUUGAUUCAACCACGAAAUCAAAGAAAAUUAGUCCCCCACAAAUAUUAAUGAUUUCACAGUAUGCAUAACAGUUACCAGUUUUCAAUCAGGAUACAGGUGCUGGGGGUAAUUUUAUUAAAAUAUGUCAGACUGUUGACUCUGUAACAUGAUAGAUUCUUAAAAAUGUAAAUUCUUAACAUUUUAAAAGACUAGUGUUGUGAGUAACAUCAUGGUCAUAUCUAUUUAAAAAUGGUCAGAUUUGGAGUGAGCUUGUUCAGUCUUUCUCAAAGUGCUAUUUAAUGUAUUUUGUUUGGUACCAGAAUGAAAAUACUGUGGGGCUAUGGAGAUAAAAAGUCCCACAAGUGGAUGAAAUAAUUCCAGAAGUAUGGAAUAUUACCUAUAGAUUCCUGCAAAUUAUUUGUUGUGAUAAAUUAGUAGUUGGAAGAAGUUUUGCUUUUUUAAGACACUACUGGUAUUUUAAUAAAUACCAAACAGUUUCACGAUACAAUACAAACCACAAGGAAUGAUUGUAGCAAAGAGAGGAAUUAACUGUUUCUAGAUGUGUGAAAGGGUCGUUAUUAUAUACAUACUAGUGAAAUACUGGAAAAUGUUGAUGAAAUAUAAUUCAAAUUUUCACUUUAUUUAUUUUUCACUGCAGUGAAACAUAAUUGUUAUACUUUCACUGGUUUUCCGGAACUACUUUUGUAUUUUCUUGGGCAGUUACUUUGGAAUAUUUACCAUUUGAAAGGGAAAAAACUGUAUAUGGAUAGUGAAGCAAACUAUUUCAAGUCAAAAUAUAGAAUUUACAAUGAUCACAGCCCGCCUAUGGGGCAUUCUAACCGGUAUUUGUACGAGUACAUGGCACUUAACCUUACGCGAAGGGACAUUACUCGGGAGAACAUUUGAGAAACGCCAGAAAAGAAAACCACAACAAUAUGUUGAAAUUAUUGGGAACUGCGUGUUGUACACAACUCAUACAACUUCACUUUCAUAUUUAAUGUCUUUGUGGAUGCUGUCAUUUAUUGAGGUAACGUUAUUUGUUUAUUUCUGAAACAGUACUAAAUUUUGGCUGUAUGGAAGAUGCAUCAUCGUAGUUGUCGCUCAUUCUAAAUGUAAAUAAAAGACGUUUUAAAUCAUUUGUGUAUAUAAUAAAUGGAAAAUUCAAGUUUUUUGCAUGGAAAUUGUUUUUGGCCGGGUUUUCAAAGAAAAAUCUGGCUUGUAGAUUAGGUCUGUCCGGGCUGAUAGAUGGCUGGAUGGGCGGAUGGAUGGAAUAAUGAAUCUCAUGUUAACCUUUUUGUUCAUUCAAUAUCUGGGCAAGUAUCUCAACUAGCACCUUGAAACUUCACAGAUA